UCCAGAACUUCUUGCACAAGUCCUUGCAGAAAUGAGCGAUGAGUAAAUACCUCUAGCAGAGUCUCGAAUCUGAUGCCUUGCAUAGAGAUCUUUGCACUGAACGAGAAAUUAUCGGGUUUCUCGUUCCCAGUACAUGCCACAGUCUCUGACUUGUCGCAGUGCUUCUAUUAUUGCUACACAGGACUGCUUUGAUGUUAUCAUCUUUCGCCUCCGAUUUCUUCUCGAUAUUGCUAGAGGGACUCUAUUGCUAUUCAGAGACCAUGGCAGAGCACUUACGCCCUUUGGGAGGCCCUGCACUUCAGCCCGAGUCACCUCGUCUUAUCAACACAAAAUUAUCAAAUCAUUCAAAAGGAUAGUGCCGGGGGCCAAAAAGAAGAGGGUAACAGAAUAUCGAAAGGCGGUCGGAAUCACCCACACAGUCCUCUGUUACAUUGGAUUGGCGUGGAUUCCCGAGGAUGGUCUGGCGAACAGAAGCGGGAAGCUGGACUUGGCUUCGAUUAAGGAUCUAGCACCCGGCGUUAUUUUGCGAUAUGAAGUUAACGAUAGUAGCGUCAUGGUCCGCCUUCAUGCCUUGGAGACUAGGGUCGACACCGGUGAAUACACCUUCUUAAUGAGAUGCGAAGAGGUCCAGGCGUAUCGCAGUUUCAACCUCGAUUUAUCGACAUCUUGUUUCGAUGCGGAGACAAAAACGCUGAUAUCAGCGAUUCUCAAGAUGGUUCAAGAGUGCUUACUGAACAUUCCUGUUCCAUUUACCACAUCAAGUCAGGGAGACGACUGGGUGGACUGGGUGAAGGCAUGCAACACUCUGCAGGAAGUGUACGCUAUUCUGUCAACUACUGUGGGAGAUGCAGAACGCGAGGACGCUUUGAACCUUCUCCGAGACAGGUUAUCAGUAUUGUAUCCCCAAAGUGUCGACUGAGGUGUUUAUCGGCAAAGGCGUGAAGGCCAGAUUUGAAAGGGCGAGCAUCGUUGGUACCGUAGCCAGGAGUUCGAAUUUGAGGAGGACGACGUCCCU